AUGGCGGAAAUGCUUGGCCUGUUUCCAGGCGAGGUUCACGAGGUACAUGAAACGCAGGCAUGCGCAUUGGCGUCCUCAGCUGCCAGGACACUCGGUCCUGAGACAGCCUUCGAGAUGGGUCUCGGAGGUCGCCGUGAGGAAACCAAGCUCUGCCGUGGCCUCCACGGGCUGAAGUGGUGGCUGUUGCUGGGUUUCUUGGCUACUACCUGUGACGCUUUCUUCUUCCCGGGACUGGUUCCUGUCACCUACUGUGAGGAAGGCCAUCCCAACGCCUAUUGUAAGUCCUCAAUCCAGGUAUACGCUGAUAAGUUGUACUCAAUGGACACUGUGAUGUUCUAUGACUAUGAUAGCUUUGACUUCUGUCAAGAUUCAUCGAAGAGAACCCCCUCUGAGACUCUUGGACAAAUCCUAUCUGGAGAACAAGUAACAUCAUGUCCCUACAAGGUUAUUCAGCUGAUCUUAUCAUUCAACAAAAAUAAUAGUUUGUACCUCUUCAACCACCUUGACAUUACUAUUACAUAUCACAUAGAAAGUGACACAACCAUCAAGGUUGCUAAGCUGAUUAGUUCCAGAGUUGAUCCCAAAAGCUAUAAACAUUUAGAUGAAGACCACCUAACUUGCAAUGAGCCCCCUAUGGAAAUUCCUGAAGAAGUUACAGAGAAUUUAAAUGUGAUCUAUACAUAUUCUGUGAAAUUUGAGGAAAGUAAAGCUACUGAAUUGUCCUCGGAAGGGGAUUAUGAUUCGGACAGUACAACUGAGAGCAACCUUCAGUGGAUUAGGCUCGUCAACUCCCUUUUUGUGAUCCUUUUCUUGUGUGGCCUGGUGAUUAUCCUCAUCUUAAGAAGUAUCUGUAGAGACAUUGCCCAAUUUAACCGCAUAAAAAUUUCUGUAUAUGACCGGAGGCAGUUUGGUUGGAGGUUGAUUCAUGGGAGUGUAUUCAGGCUCCCAGAGCAUAGCUUGUUGCUGUCCAUCCUACUUGGUCAAGGAACACAAGUUUUCAUAAUGACAUUUCUGUGUUUAUUUCUGGCUGGCCUUGGUUUUCUUACUCCUGCUGAUCAAAAUGCUUUGGUGAACUAUGGUAUUGUACUGUGGCUCGCACUGGAAAUCCCUGCUGGAUACAUGUCUGCCAAAAUGUACAAGACAUUUAAAGGUAUAAACUGGAAGAUGCAUUUUUUGCUGACAACAUUGUUAUUUCCUGGAAUUGUCUUUGCUGAUAUCUUUAUUAUGAAUCUGAUUCUGUGGAUGGAAGGCUCAUCAGCUGCUAUCUCCUUUUGUACACUGGCAAGCUUCUUUGUAUUGUACUUUGGAGUUUCAACACCACUGACAUUUUUAGGAGUGUACUUUGGGAAAAGGGAACAGUUUGAUUUUCCAGUUCAGACACAAAAGACCCCUCAUAGGAAUCCGCAAAGGGCUUUCUUUUCAAAAUCAACUAUUACCAUUAUACUUGGUAGUCUUUUACCCUUUGGCUGUAUUUUUCUACAAAUUUCUUAUAUUCUAAACCGUAUUUGGUCUCCUCAUAUGUACUACCUGUUUGCCUUCCUUUUCUUAAUCUUCUUAAUUUUUAUGAUUUCCUGUUCAGAAGUUACAGUUCUGCUAUGCUAUUUUCGGCUGUGUGCUGAGGAUUGUGGUUGGUGGUGGAGAGCCUUUUUGACCAGCAGUUUUACAUCUGUUUAUAUUUUUAUAUAUGCGCUUCAUUACUUUUUUACCAAAAUUCAAGUCACUAGCAUUGGAAGUGCCUUUAUGUACUUUGGGUAUGCAUUUAUCCUAGUGCUAGCUUUCUUCCUUUUCACAGGAACAAUUGGAUUUUUUUCUUGCUUCUUCUUUGUUACUACAAUCUACGGUGUGCUGAAAGAGGAUUAA